UUGUUUGCAACUCAACUUUACUUUCUUGAACUUAAUAGAUCAAAAAAAUUGCUAAGAAUGGCCAAUUUAAAAUCUGCCGGACGUCAAUCAAGCUUUGAACACUUUUCCCCCUUUAACGCAGUGUUAAAUUCCGUUGGAGCUCAACACGAAAAGGCCUUAAAACAAGCAUUUUAUAACACGGUUGCUCUGGUUUUCGUGUUGGCGGGGGGAGCUGCUGGUGUAGCUGUUUACUUCGUGUUAGGACCCUUCCUUAAACCUUUACUAUGGGCUGGACUAUGUGGAGCAUUCUUGCAUCCUUUCAAAAGAACCAUGACAGGGAUAUUUAGAAAAUGGCUGUCUUCUUUACGUAGUUCAAGCACUCCAUUAGUCGUGGGUGCUGCUGUCGUUCCCUUUCAACUCGUCAACAAUUGCUCUGAUAUCGUUGGAGGAUUCAUUGCUAAAAGACUUCGACUUAUCCUAAUAUUAACUCUUCUUGCUCCCUUCCUUUAUGGUUUAUACGUUUUUCGGCCUUUUCUAGAGAUUUUAUCCUUUCUUUACCAAGUUUGUUCUGCACUUUAUGUCUUUAUGGAUUAUUUUAGCAACCCUUUCGCGGUGUGGUCAAUCAUUAUUGCUUAUAGCAUUGCUUUAAUAUCUUGGUGGACCCCUUCAUCAUCACAUACUAUGCGGAUACUAUCUUUCCCAGUGUGGAUGACAUUUGUGAAUUACUUAGCUUCAAUUGCUGGUGUUUACAGAGUACCAUUAUUCCUGGUUAUCGUGUCCUUGACAGUUGUAGGGUUUGUCACUGAUGCUACUGGAAGUAAAGAUCAAGUUGACGGCAGCUGUCCCAAAGAUGAACCAAACAAGCGUAGCAGCAUCAUUGAGGGCUUAUCCGUGGCAGCAUCUGUUCUGUCACCCGUAAGUUAUGACUCCGAUGAGUCCUCUACAAGUAACAUUGAAGAUAUACUCAAACCAUCUCCCGAUAAAAUAAAUGAAACACCUCAAUCAGCCAUGCCAACAGACAGUACAGAUGGCAGAGAGACCAGACUACAGAGAAUAAGAAGACAAAACAGACCAAGACUGAGCAUGAAAAAGAAGUUCAAAAAAGCUAGCUAUAUAUAUUUUGUUGCCUUAAUAUGGGGCAUUCUGUUGAUGAGAGUGUGGAUGCAUGUAUGGAUAUUGCAGUUAUUGCCGAUUCCUUUCGCAAUCUACCUGAUAAAACUUGCAGUAAUAUGGUCAGGAGCUUGGGCUUAUGUUCUAGAAUUCUUGUCCCGGUGGCACGAAAGGCUAAGGGAAUGGACAGGACAAAGAAAAGAUGCUAUUAUGCCGGCACCAAUCAGAGGAAUGGUUAAGCUGGUUAUGAGAGGUGAUCAAAAGGUCAAUUCUUUGAUGGAGAAGUCAAUAGACAACCUCAUGAGUGUGUUCAUGGUCAUUGGGUUGGUUAUAGUCAGCAUCACUGUGACAGUCCUAUUGGCUGUUCAGGUACAUCAUGAGAGUGUUCAUCUGGUCACUGUCACUGGUAACCUUGUCAACGAUGUCAUGGCUAAAAACCCUCAACUUUUGAAAUGGAUAUCAGAAAAUUCUGAAUUCAAGAAAACAUUAGAUUCAGCAGUAGAGAGGGGAUACAUUCUAGGAAGAAAAUGGAUUGCAGCAAAAGUGGGGACAUAUCUUGGUGACGGCAGUGGUAAUACAACACUACUGCAGCAGAGUGUCCUGGAGGUGACAGACAGGUUUUACCAUGCAUGGAUGGCUCUUGGAAAUAGCUCAGUUAACAAGAUAGCUAACGGCAGUGUUGGAUGGACUAAAAACACAGCCAAUGAAACAGCCGCUGACUUGUCUUGGGGAAAUGUUGUCAGUUUGAUCACCAAACUUGACUUUAAAGUGCUCUUCUCUGUUGUCAAGGAAAAUCUUGGUAUCCUCAUGUCUUUACUGGAGUCAGUGUACAUGAUACUGAAGGGCAAUCUUACCAUGGUAUUCAACUUGGUUACCAUGGUGUUGUCAUUGGUUUUCUUCAGUGGAACUUAUGUGCUCAAUACUGGACUUUCAAUGAUUGUGUUUGUUACUGCAUUGUUUUAUCUUCUGAGUACAUCUGGUGACCAGUAUAAACCUGUUGAAUGGUUUGGUCAGAUGCUUGCUUCUGGAACAGCAGGGUUUGGGGAGUCUCUUUUCAAAGCGAUCAGAGAUGUYUUUGGAGCUGCAUUAAAAAUGGCUACAUUUUAUGGUCUUUACACUUGGUUUACUCACACACUGUUUGGAAUCAAUAUUGUGUUCAUCCCAUCUGCUAUCGCAGCUGUUGCAGCAGUUGUACCAUUUAUUGGCACCUAUUGGGCUGCUAUUCCUGGUGUUCUAGAACUGUGGCUGGUUCAAGAUGAAGGGGUACUUGCAAUCAUCUUGGCCAUUUGUCACAUUCUUCCUAUCUCAUUUGUAGACACAGCCAUUUACAGUGAGAUCUCAGGUGGUGGACACCCAUACCUUACAGGUCUAGCAGUAGCUGGUGGCAUCUACUGUGUGGGUCUGGAAGGUGCUAUUAUCGGCCCUAUUGUUCUCUGCUGUCUGAUUGUGGCAUGCCAAGUGUAUGGUAGUAUGUUAGCAGAGACCAGCCCUACCUCUGCCGAGUCUACUAUUAUGUCUCCUGUAGAAGGAGAAAGGGUUGUCAAACUCAGGGGACUGGAAGACCAAUACAAGAAAACACCUUUACAAAAGCAGACACCACAUAGCGAAUAAUGUUAUCAUUAAUUGGUACUCUUUUGUCAAGAAUUUAUUCUUGGUACAAGUAAUACAAAAAACCUAGAAUGAUUUUAGUCCAAAAGUUUUUAAUGUGAAAUACGAAGAAAUCUCACAGUGCAAUGAAUUAUUUCACCAGUGGAGGGAAAAACCCU